AUGGUACGCACUGUGGAGCAGCUCAUUUUAAAGGCUUUCGAUAGAUCGACCGCUCCACGUUGCAAAGCGCUUCAGACCAACUACUUCCUGGUCUUUCUGGCGAUCUACGUCAUCAUGAUCGCCUGCAAUCCCAUGAAGAUCAUCAGCGGCUUGAUCGUGCAGGCUCUGCUGAUCGCCAUCAUUUGGCAGUUCUUUAGCAGCAAAUCUAAGACGAACUUCAUAGCCAGUCGCCUCACUGGCGGCAACCAGAUUCUAGCUCAGCAGAACGCCCAGCAAAAAUGGUACGUCCUGGCGGGCGCCCUGCUGGCUAGCUAUCUGUUUCUGCACAUGAUUAGCGCGGUUCUGCUGACGACCUUUACUCUGCUGCUGCCCGUCUCAGUGACUUUCAUUCAUGCCUCGCUGCGGCUUCGCAACAUGAAGAACAAGCUGGCCAACAUCUUGGCAAACAGGCCAUCAAUAUUGCGACUCAGUUACUUCGCAAUCACACACAGCAUGUGCUGGUUGUCUUUCACAUUUUCCACUUCCGUUAUCUGCUCGGCGGAGCUUCAAUUGGCACUUCUAGCUUUGGUCGCUUUGUUGACUAUUUUUCUAACGUUACCAGCUCUUCAUAAGCUAGAGGAAAUAUUUGUUGCCGCCAGUGCAAAUCUUCGAUGUCCAUUUUAA